AUGCGCUACUCUCUCGCUCUGGGUGCCCUUUGCGCCGCUGGUGCCUUGGCCAACAAUGUUGACAAGCGUUCUUAUGUGACCGACUGGACCGUUGUCACCUUGACCACCACCAUCACCGAGUACCCUACUCCCACGGUCUAUGAGAACGUUGCCGCGCAAGAGGCCACUGCCGCUGCUUCUUCCUCCAGCGCUGCUGCCGCUGCCGCUGCCGCCGAAUCGUCCAGCUCUGCCGCUGCUGCUGCUGCUGCCGCCUCCGCCUCUGCUGAGGCCUCUUCCUCCGCCGCUGCCGCUGCCGCCGCCGCCGCUGCUGAGGCCAGCACUUCGUCUGUUGUCACUCCUGUUGUGGAGACCACCGCCGCCGCGACCACUGCUGCUGCUGUCGCCACUUCCGCUGCUGAGGAGGUUGCUACUUCCUGGACCUCCGCCUGGACUUCCGCUUGGACUUCGUCCUGGUCUUCGACUGUCGCGCCGUCCACCACCCUGGCGACCUCGACCUCGUCCAGCGCUAGCUCGACCGCCACCAACGCUUACCAGUCCGCGGUCUUGUACAACCACAACGUCCACCGCAGCAACCACUCCGCUAGCUCCGUCGAGUGGUCUUCUGACUUGGAGUCGAGCGCCUACACCCUGGCCGCCAAGUGUGUCUAUGAGCACGACACUUCCAUUGACGGCGGUGGCUACGGUCAGAACAUUGGAUAUGGUGUUGAGGCUUCCGAGAUUGGCGUCAUGAUCACCAACCUCAUGUACAACGACGAGAUGGGCUACUACACCGACCUGUACGGCGAGGCCGACCCUGACAUGACCUACUUCGACAACUGGGGCCACUUCUCCCAGAUUGUCUGGGCUGCCACCACCCACGUUGGUUGCGCUACUGUCACCUGCGACAGCCUGGGUAACGUUGAUGCCUCCGAGGCCCUGCCAUUCACUGUCUGCAACUACAGCCCUGCCGGAAACUAUGAGGGAGAAUAUGCCACCAACGUCAAGCGCCCUCUCGGCCAAGCUGUUUACGUUGCCUCCUAG